UCUUCAUGCUCCACACCUUCCUCGCCUACACCCACUUGACAUUCACUGCUGGCUUCCCUGUCGUCCCUCAGACCAAUCCCAAGCUCGCUUCGCACACACCCUCCCCCCCCAUUCGUCUACCCAGAAAAUUUUCACCCCUCACCGCUGCUCACCGCCAAUAUCACAGAUAUCAACAAUGUCUCCAGUGGCGAUCAACAUCGAGCGAUGGAAGGCCGCUGAUAUCGUCCUACUCGACAUAGAGGGGACCAUAUCGUCCAUCUCCUUUGUCAAGGACACCCUGUAUCCGUAUGCUUUGCGGCGUCUCACGAGACUAGCGCAUGAGUCGUGGGAGCAGGAGUCCUUCCAAGAGCUCAUUGAGGGGUUCCCAGAGGAGACGAGGGGAGAUGCCGAGACGCUGAUUGCGCAUGUUGAGGAGUUGACGCGUAAGGAUAUCAAAGCUGUGUAUUUGAAGCAAUUGCAAGGCAAGCUAUGGAAACAAGGCUACUCCAACGGCGAAAUCACAACCCCUCUCUACCCUGACGUCCUCACAAUCCUCGAGUCCUGGCUCGCCAUUCCGAAGAAACUCGCUAUCUUCUCCUCCGGCAGCGUUGAGGCCCAACUGAACUUCUUCAAGUACAUCGAGAUACCUCAGCUAGCAACGGCUGAGCUGAGUCAGAAGGGCAACGACGAAGCUGCCACAGAUGUCUUGGAAACCCAUCCCACUGAAGAAGCACAGGUAGACGAGUCAAAACAGGACGACACAUCCCGCAAAUGUCCACACUCCCCAUCCGCCACCAACCCAGACUCCUCAGACCUCCCCUCCUCCCUAUCUACUAAGAAGACUAAAACCACAACCUUGGAGGCCACCCUAAAUGAAUCUCCUCCUAAAACCCGCGACCUCAACCCCCUCUUCAUCAACAAAUUUGACACCGUAACCGCCGGCUCGAAGCUCGAGAAGGCGAGCUACGAGAAGAUUUGUGAGGAGCUGGAGACGGUGCCGGAGAAGGUUGUGUUCUUGACUGAUAAUGUGAAGGAAGCCACCGCAGCAACCCAAGCCGGCGUGUACACAAUCGUAGUCGACCGCCCCGGCAACGCACCGCUCGCGGAUGAGAUCUUCGAUACCUACCCUGUCAUCACAGCGCUAGAUCAAAUACACCUAUAGCUGUCUCCUGGCGUCUUCUGGUGUGGUGACUCAAGAUGUAAGGAGAGGCGCUCGUGUGGUGGUCGGCUGUGGUAGGGCAGGCAGGACAGGAGACCAGCUACCACGUGGGCUACGGAGACACGUAAGGGUGACGAUGUAACUCACCACCGGGGAAUACAAUGUAGAACCACACCAGUGACUGGUCUCAGUGUCAAACUCGCGGCGUAACGCCAUUGUUAUACGAAUUCAGGAACGAAGUGAGGAAGUGGGACGAAUGAUGGAAGUGGUGCGUUUGAGUGACCAUGUCGGCCCCCCUUUCGCAUCGACAAUGUGAGAGCUUUCAACACAA